AUGCAGUUGGGAUACUGGGAUAUUGACAGGAAAUUAAAUUUCUGCUACAACAACACCUGCAUAACUAACACAUUCCUUCCUUCUUUCUUUCCUUCCUUCCUUCCUUCCUUAUUUCCUACCUUCCUUCCUUCCUUUCUUAUUUCCUUCCUUCUUUCUUUCCUUAUUUCAUUCCUUCUUUCCAUCAUUCCUUAUUUUCUCCCUUCCUUAUUUCUUUCCUCCCUUCCUUCUUUUUCCUUCUUCCUUAUUUCUUUCUUUCCUUCCUUCUUUUUCCUUCUUCCUUAUUUCUUUCUUUCCUUCCUUUUUUCCUUAUUUCCUUCCUUCUUUCCUUCCAUCAUUCCUUCCUUUCUUCUUUCUUUCCUACCUGCUUUAUUUCCUUCCUUCUUUCCUUCCUUUUUUCCUUCCAUCAUUCCUUAUUUCCUUCCUUCUUUCCUUCCAUCAUUCCUUCUUUCCUUCCAUUUUUCCUUCCUUAUUUCCUUCCUUCCUUCUUUCCUUAUUUCUUAA